AUGUCAUCCAAACCAUGCGGCAACUGCAAAAAGACAGUGUACAUCAAUGAAAAGAUCGAUGCAGAGGGAAAAUGGUAUCACCGUGCAUGCUUCAAGUGCAUGGCUCCAGACUGUAAGACGGGGUUGACGUUACGAAACUUCCAGAUGGCAGCAUUAGAUGACUCGGAGAUAGACCCGUUAACGAAACGGCCGCUGAAGGUCUUGGUCUGUAAGGAUCAUGUGCCGAUGCCUAAGCAUUCGUUCAGUCGAGAUUCACUGUCACUCAAGCAUACGUUGUCUGCACCAAAACCCUCCAUGGCUGGAAUACAUAGAUCCUUGAUGGGU